UUUUUAUCUGUUCUCAAGCACAUCUGCAUUCUACCUUCUUCUCAAUGCCUCCAGAUGCGAUCAGCCUGUGUUCAUGCAGUUCGCCAACUCUGACAUAAAAAUACGAGCGAGGACGCCGGGUCCAUUGCUCGGCGACGCAACGCCGUGACUUCUUCGGCCGCAGGCUGGCUGCUCCCUCGCUGGCUCGCGUCGCUCUCUGAUAUACUCAAACAGGAUUCCCACUCUUCCCUUCGUUCUCCAUCGGAUCUCUUCGACUUGUCGCUGUUUGAUCCUCCCACGUCUCCGCCUUUAUUUUCCCUUUCAGACAGACUCAAUUUGGUGAACUGGUGAAGAUUGGAUUUUUAUAUGCACAAGGGAGUCGUUGAGGUUUCUGAUGUCAUUGGUAGGGAUGAGGGGCUUGGUGGCCGGAGCUUCCGGCCUUGUCUCUCUUUUUAGGCGUGGUAGGUUCUACUGCUGCAGUAGAGGAGGCGGAAUGGGGACAAGGGCUAAGCUUGCGAAGAGAGCUCUCGAGACGGAUAUGCCUGUCAUGGUCCAGAUUCAGGAACUGAUGCGUGGAACCAAGGAAGCAAUCUCACUAGCUCAGGGUGUAGUCUAUUGGCCACCACCUGAACAAGCUUUAGAAAAAGUCAAAGAACUUGUUUGGGACCCUUCAAUUAGUAAAUAUGGUGCUGAUGAAGGUCUUCCAGAACUAAGGCAGGCUCUGAUUGAGAAGUUGCGAAGGGAGAAUAAUUUGAAUAAGUCUGCAGUUAUGGUCACAGCCGGUGCAAAUCAGGCAUUUGUAAAUGUGGUGCUUACCCUCUGUGAUCCAGGGGAUUCAGUCGUCAUGUUUGCACCAUAUUACUUCAAUGCUUACAUGUCAUUCCAAAUGACAGGCAUUACCAACAUAUUAGUUGGGCCUACUGAUCCCAAAACACUUCAACCCGAUGCAGAAUGGUUAGAGAAGACUUUAUCACAAGAUCCAAUUCCCAAGUUAGUUACUGUUGUAAAUCCAGGGAACCCAUCAGGGGCCUACAUCCCAGAGCCUCUUCUCGUGAAACUGUCAGAUCUUUGUAAAAGAGCUGGUGUUUGGUUUGUUGUCGAUAAUACAUAUGAAUACUUCAUGUACGAUGGUAUGAAGCAUUCUUGCAUAGAAGGUAACCACAUUGUCAAUCUCUUCUCGUUUUCUAAAGCCUAUGGAAUGAUGGGGUGGCGUGUUGGAUAUAUAGCCUACCCAGAAGCUGUGGAUGGUUUCGCAGCUCAGCUUCUCAAAGUUCAAGACAACAUACCCAUCUGUGCUUCCAUCAUAAGCCAGCAUUUGGCUCUCCGGUCCCUCGAAGUUGGUUCGGAAUGGGUUCGCGACAGGGUGCAGAACCUCGUGAGGAGCAGAGAUAUCCUGACGAAAGCUUUGGCUCCACUUGGGAAAGAAAAUGUUAGAGGCGGACAGGGAGCUAUCUAUCUCUGGGCAAAACUUCCUGAAAAGUUCUCCGAUGACUAUGAGAUCGUCAGAUGGCUGGUGAGGAAGCACCAUGUGGUCAUCAUUCCCGGGAGCGCCAGCGGCAGUCCAGGCUAUGUCCGCAUCUCGUUCGGUGGCCUCAAAGAGGCUGACUGUGAGGUUGCUGCCUACAGGCUGAAAAAAGGUUUGGAAGAACUGGUCAAGGAUGGCAUGGUUGAGUAACUUACAAUUGCACUUUCAGAGCUACAUUUCCCUUCUUGAAUGGCUCAAAUAACACCUAGUAACAGUUGACCUCCUCGAUACUGAUGUCGGUUGUGUUCGUAUUCUUUUUUCCCUCUCUGUUUGAUUUAUUUUCCAUUACGAAGAUGCAAUAACAACAAACAAGAUCUCUCAGAUCACAAUGAAUGAUAUUUUCCAUUAUUUAGAUUUUAUGCCGAAUCUGGCAAGCUUUC